GCGUAGUUCAAAAUAAAAAAUAUUGACAUGAAAAUAAACGUCAUAAAUUUCCUAUUAGAUAAAUUCCCAAAAGAGAUUUACUUUCAUUGCAUGCUUUUUGUGAAGUGAGUCAUCACAAAAGUAUUCGUAAUUAAACGUUAUUCUGGUUGGUGCUAUACAUGAUGUUACUCACACACUAAACAAAAACAGUCUUCCAUUCCAAUUACAAAUAGUUAAGAAAAAUGCAUAAAACUAAUUAUGGAACCAUAUCUAGCAAUUCGGACGAUGCACAGUUUCAAGGUACUUCCAACUCCUCCGAAUUCAAUAGCCUUUGCGAUAAUAUCGUUACAAAUAUUUACACAAUUAAUACGGGUUGGAAAACGCUUGAACAAGCGCUUAAAACUAUAGGAACUAGUCGAGACAAUCAGGGAGUUCGAGAUAAAAUCCAUGUUUCCCAACUUAGCACGAACCAAAUUAUAUCGAUCACACCAAAGGACUUAAACCGAUUAAAGAUGAUAAUAAAAAAGGGGGACAAGCAAAAAGAAUUUCAAAUUAAUAAACUCGCCGAUAACUUUACGGAAGCGAUGGGCAAAUAUCAUUCGAUGCAAAAGUUAGUCGCAAAUAAAAUGAAGGCGAACCUCCUGAUGGUGCACAGUCCAGAAACCUCUUCUGUCGAAGAGGCCGGUAGCCAAUCCGAACAACUUCAACUAUCAAAACAGCUAGCGUUCGAGCAAGAUCUACUAGUAGACCGAGAAUCACGUAUUAGACAAAUUGAAUCAGACGUAUUAGACGUUAACCAAAUUAUGAGGGAAUUAAGUGCGUUAGUUCACGAACAACGUGAGCAUGUCGAUACAAUUGAGAACAGUAUUGAUCAUGCAGUAGGUAACGUUGAGGAGGGUACCGAACAGUUACUUAAGGCCUCCAGAUAUAGCAGAAAGUACAGGAUAAAAUUGUGUAUAUUAGUUUUAAUAGCAGUUGUUAUUGUUUCAGCUUUAAUAGGCAUUAUAGUUGCCUCGUUAAAGAAAUAAAAUUUUGUAUGUGA